GUCUUUUGUCCAAUCAAUAAGGUGGCCCCGCCCUGUUCUCUCAAGCGUAUCGCUGGUAACGUACUUUCCUUUUUGAGAGUCAUGCUGCAUGACCCUGCAAGCUUCUGUAGCAUAUUCCACUGGUCCACGAAUUCCGCCAUACUGAAUGUUUGGGUGGCAACGAAAAUGAAAUUGAAGCGAUUUCUACUACGAUAUUAUCCUCCGGGAAUUAUUCUGGAGUAUGAACAGGGAGGCUUGCUCAAGACCAAGUCCAUAGAUUUGUUAGAUCUGAAAGCAGAAACAGAUGCAGAUGCUGUGGUAGAUGAAAUCUCCAGGAAGGAACCUCUUAUUACUUCUUCCAAGGCUGAGCAAGUGAAGAAGUUGGUGCUACGCCUUCAGGAGAAAUUGGGACAAACAGAUGACCACCAUUUCUAUCUAUUCAAGGUGCUGCGUGCUCAUAUUUUACCUUUAACCAAUGUAGCUUUCAAUAAAUCUGGAUCCAGUUUUAUCACUGGGAGCUAUGACAGGACGUGCAAAGUGUGGGACACUGCAUCUGGGGAAGAACUCCACACUUUGGAGGGACAUCGCAAUGUGGUUUACGCCAUCUCAUUUAAUAAUCCUUAUGGAGACAAGAUAGCAACAGGUUCAUUUGACAAGACCUGUAAAUUGUGGAGCAGCGACACAGGGAAAUGCUACCACACUUUCAGAGGUCACACUGCCGAGAUUGUUUGCCUCUCCUUCAACCCCCAGAGUACAGUAAUUGCCACUGGCAGCAUGGACACCACGGCCAAACUGUGGGACAUACAGACAGGGGUGGAGAUAUGUUCACUGGGGGCCCAUUCAGCUGAGAUCAUCUCCCUUGCCUUCAACACCACUGGUAAUCAACUCCUGACUGGCUCCUUUGACCACACUGUGCAGCUGUGGGACGUUAAUACUGGGAAAAAAAUUCACACUCUGAUUGGCCACAAGGCAGAGAUCAGCAGUGCUCAGUUCAACUGGGACUGUUCACUGGUGGCCACGGGGUCCAUGGAUAAGACCUGCAAAAUAUGGGAUGCUGCAUCUGGUCAAUGUAUUGGUACUCUCAAAGGUCACGAUGAUGAGGUGUUGGAUGUGUGCUUCGAUUACACAGGGCAAUACUUGCUGACUGCAUCUGCUGAUGGCACAGCCAGAGUCUAUAACGCAAUAUCACAGAAUCUGGUUGCUAAGUUACAUGGCCACGAAGGGGAGAUAUCCAAAAUCACCUUCAACCCUCAAGGCAACACCAUCCUGACCGCCAGCUCAGAUAAAACGGCCAGACUGUGGGACCCAGAGUCGGGGGAGUGUAAGCAAGUGCUGGAAGGGCACACUGACGAAAUCUUCAGCUGUGCCUUUAACUACGAAGGAAAUACCAUAAUUACAGGAAGUAAGGAUAACACUUGUAGAAUUUGGAGGUGAAUUAAGAAACACAUAGUAUUACAGUUUUUGUCAUCAGUUAUUGGUUGUGGACUGCAGACCCAUGGUCAGCUUGCUUACAUACAGACAUUCAAGGAAGGGACAAUAUGGUCAUGGACUUUUAACACAAAACUUUUUUGUUUUAGUUUGUGAAAGUGGCAGUCAUCAUUAUGUACUUGUGUUGGACAGUGCUGUUACUGUUGCUUAUAUUUAGUGUGCACGUGAAGACAGACGCUUUGCAUAAAGCCAUGGUCACAAAGAGUACAAGAAGUUAAAUACAUUAAGAAGAAACAUUUGCUUGAGGUUCAUUAUAAAAAGUGCACUGUUGAAAUGUAUGCAUGGUUGUUUAUUUUUUUUUAAUGGACCACGAAGAAAAUCCCAUGAUAUACAGGCCAACUACAGGAAACAAAUUUGACAAAUUUCAUUUUCAAAAUAUUCAGGUGAUUUUUCAGACUUAACAAUAUAAGAGCUGAUUUAAUUCCAUUUGCUUGACAAUUUGCUCAAUAUUGGGACCAAAUAAAGCAUUUAAAUGAAUAGUGUAGUGCUGUAUUGCCCAGUAGUUGAUAGUAUUAUGGUUGCAAUAACAAACAGGUCAGUGUCUUGGUAUGAUGUUGUCUGAUUAUGAUGUAAAAGUGUUAGCAUUAUAUUUGUGUUGCACAGAGUUUUGUCAUGUCUGUAAUGGUGUUUGUUUGGUUCUCACAUAAUUAGCUCAUAAAUUUUUUUCUUUUUUUUUUUUAAAUACGUAGAUCAGUCAAAACCAGAUCCAAAUAUGUUUAUCCUUAGUAUUGUAUUUUAUUAUUACCCUUCUGUUAAUAGAAAAGAAAAGAAUGACAACAAAGAUAAUAUAUAACCAUAGUGGACGGUUUGUUUUAUUCAUGCAGGGUAAUAAUUAAUUAAUCUUUUUUUGGUAGUCUUUAUUGAACCACAAACGUGAGGGUUUCAUGAUUUAUGUCCUGGUUUUCAUUAUCAUUGAAUUUAUAAUUACUUAAUUAGAUAAAGACUGAGAGAUAAACAUUAACUGGUCAUUUUAUAAAGCAUAAGGGGCAAGGUAUAUGUAUUAUCACCAUAAUGCAAAUAAUGUCACUCAGUAAUACACACUUAUUAUUAUUAUUUGUUUAUUUAUUAUUUUAUUGUUAAACAUUCAAAAGUAUUUCAUUAAAAAAAUUGUGUAUAUUGUGACCAUUUUUUUUUUUUUUCAAAAUAUGUUAAAUGUAAAAUGUAGUUUGAAGUGAACCGUCCACCCUUAUGGCAAAUUAACCAGAUUUGUCAUAGUUUUGGAGUUAUAACUGAUUUGUCUCAUUAAACAUUAGUCUAAGAGUAUUAUUAGUAAUAAUAGUGAGCUUCCAAGUCUAGUAUUGCCUGCAGUAGUGUUUUUGCACAGUAUUACUUAAUAUUUUCACAAUUUUAGCUCAAAUAAGUCAUUGCAUUUCAUUCAUUUGUAUUCCUAUGAAUUCUGUUUUACGCCUCACUGAAACAAUCCAUCCAGUUAAAGAGUUGUGUUAAAGUGUUAUGUACUGUAGUAUUUUAUUCUUUGCUUAACAGUUAUUUUCCUUAAAGACUCAGUCUCUAAUAAGUGAGCAUUCGUUAUGAAGAAUAUUUUGAAGAAAUUUGUAAACAUAUGGAGAACCAACGUCUGAAUUUUUCUCUUUCAAAUUUGAUAUAUUAAUGUGUUUGUUUUAUUAUGUAUUUAAUUAUUUAUUUGCAAGUGGUGUAGUGAAUAUUUUAAUACUAUUUUAUUUCAUAUCUUUUUAUUUGCUAAUACAGUUCAUUACUUAGUACUAUUUUUUAAUGUUUAUUUAUUUUAGAAAACAGACAUCUGUCCUGUACCUGUCAAUUCACUUUGACUUUGAGAGACAUUUUCAAUAAGCAUUCUUACUUCAAUAACAUUUUACAUGACAUAAUUGUAACGAUUACUACUAGCUUUAUGAAGAUUUGUUUUUAGAGUUUGGGACAUUUUUGAUAUGUCUUAUAAUAAUUUUUAGAGUAUUAUUAAGAGAUGGUAAUUGAAACGCAGAUGUGCUGUAUGCGCCUUUCAUCUAUCUUCUCUUACAUAUUAUAAGUGAUGUGUGCCUUCUGUAAGUUAAUUUAAUUUGUUGAACGUGAAUUAAGUUGACUACUCAAUGUAUCCAAUAAGGUUGACUGCUUCUCUGUGUAUGCCUUAUGUAAAAUCCAUCCUUAGCCUCGUUUUUACAUUGUGACACUUAGUGAGUAUGUAGGAGUACCGUCUAGAACGAGGCGGUGAACUGGAGGAUGGAAACCGAUAAUUUGGAGAUACUGGUGUAGUGAAGUGAUAUUUUCUGAAUAAAGAUGGAUUUAAUGCUA